AUGGUGAUACAGCAACUUGAUCACAGCUAUAUUGUAGCUUUAAUAUGUAACGUCACUAUCGUUCGACCAGCGUACUGCGAGGGUAAAGGGAAGGACUGGAGAAGAUGUUUUGAAUAUCAAAUAGAGAUAUGUAAAUGGGUAGAAGAUGAUAUUUCCAUGGUUGAUCAGAGAUGGUCUGCAAGUUGUAGACUUAUUUGCAAUAUGAAUUGUGUUAAUAUGACAAUUAGAGUAUACUUUGGUAUAGUUAUACUGUCAAGACCACAAAGCAGAAAUAUAUCUGUUUAUGGUUUAGAAUAUCGAUCUAUAUCUGAUUCUAAUAACCAUAGUUUUUCAAUGGAAUUACAAUUAUCAACUACAGCUAAAUUUAGCUGUUUAGGUCUAGGAAGAACUAAGAGACCAGUACAUCCUGAAUAUGCUAGUUACGAUGCUAGACUACACACAUUUGCAACAUGGCCAAAAUCUAUACCACAAAGGAAGGAACAGUUAGCAGAUGCAGGCUUUUACUAUAUUGGGAAAGGUGAUCAAACUUUCUGUUAUUACUGUGGAGUUGGUUUAAAAGAUUGGGAACCAGAAAAUGAUCCUUGGGAGCAACAUGCAAAGUGGUUUUCUAAAUGCUGCUAUUUAUUAAUGGUUCAAGGACAAGAUUAUGUAAAUAAAAUAACAGGCCAGGAUAUAUCUCCACUUUUUAAAGAAGAAACAGCGCAAAUUGAAGGUGCAGACUCUGUAAUAUCCAAUGAUAAAAGUAAUAUCGAUAAAAAGGCUAACUUAAAGGAAAUUAUAGCUUUGAAAGAAGAAAAUAGAAAAUUAAAAGAAGCUCGUUUAUGUAAAGUUUGCAUGGAUCGAGAAAUAGCAAUUGUAUUUUUACCUUGCGGACAUUUAGCAACUUGUGCUUACUGUGCAUCAUCUCUUACAUAUUGCCUAAUGUGUCGACAAGAAAUUAAAGCCACUGUUCAUACAUUUCUAUCAUAAAUCGAAUAAUAAAAUAUUAAUUAAUGUACAUAUUGUUAAAUUUUCUUAUACAAAUUUAAUAAUUUAAAAUAUAAAGAUAUAUAUGUAUAAAAUUA